GAGCCAUGUAGUUGAUUUGGUGAAGAAGACAUGUAGCUGUAGGUCUUGGGAUUCAAAUGGCAUUCCCUGCAAACAUGCCAUAACAGCCAUUUAUACAAACAUUGAGACACCAGAAGACUAUACUCACUCAUGCUACUUCAAAGAAACUUACAUGGAGAUAUACAAGGAGGUACUUCCUCCCAUGCCUGGCCAGUCAGAAUGGGCUGAGACUGGACAGCCUGCUCUCCUGGCACCUCACAUAUACAAACCACCAGGCAGACCACCCAAGCAAAGAAAGAGGGCUUCUGAUGAGCCUAGGAACCCUUAUAAAGCAAGUAGACAGAACAGACCUAUAAGAUGUGGGAAAUGCAAAAAGGAAGGGCAUAACUCAAGAUGGUGCAAGGUUGGCAUCACUGGGGAGACACCAUGGCAGAGGAGACAGAGACUUCAAAGAGAAAAAGCUGCAAGGGAAGGGGUGCCUGCACCUAGAUCUGCACCUCAGCCACCAUCCCAGCAGCCUACCCAGACCUACAACAUGAUGUCUGCCACUCAGCCUUCAUCCUCACAGCAAGGAAAUCAACCUAGGCCAUCUUACAAGAGAGCAGGAUGGUUAUCUUCCUCUCACAACUAGAGUUUCACACACCUAGGGAGACCUAGGAUACCUUACCUAGUUCUUCACAGGUAACUUAGUCCUGGAUGGUUGUGUAGCUUGGGAUAUUUUUUAACAAGUGGAUCUAUUUUUUAUUUUGUAGCCUUCACAUGCAAGUGGGAGCACUGGUGGUGUGAGGACUAGAGGACAGCUUGCUGCACAAAGGCCACCAAAAAUGAAUCCAGUGGGUGGAAAGAGGAAAGAGUAAAGGCAAGAAAUGAAUGAAGCUAGUGGGUACGCAUGCCAGCAUUGGGAGUAAAGCUAGUGGGAACAUGUGGGCCUUUUUGGUUUUUUUUUUUUGUGAAGACCACUGUUGGCCUUUUGUAAUUAUCAAUUAGUGUAAAAAACAAUCACUGCUGGCCUUGGAAUGUGCUUUUUUGUAAUUACUAAUUAGUGUAAAAAACAAUCACUGAUGGCCUUGGAAUGUGCUUUUUUGUAAUUAAGGUACAAUACACUCC